UACGGAUGCCUUGUGAGGCGGGGCAGUGCGCGGCGUCCGUAGUGCGAACCAUGGGAGGCGGCUGGUGGUGGGCUCGGGCUGCCCGCCUGGCCCGACUACGCUUCCGGGGGGCGCUGCUGCCGCCUCCGCGGCCCCGGAGCGGGGGAUCCCGGGGGUCCUUUGCCCCCGGCCACGGCCCCCGCGCCGGGGCUUCGCCGCCCCCCGUGUCCGAGUUGGACCGAGCGGACGCCUGGCUCCUCCGGAAGGCGCAUGAGACAGCUUUCCUCUCCUGGUUUCGAAAUGGCCUCCUGGCAUCGGGCAUCGGGGUCAUCUCCUUUAUGCAGAGUGACAUGGGUCGGGAAGCUGCCUACGGCUUCUUCCUGCUGGGCGGCCUGUGCGUGGUGUGGGGCGGUGCCUCCUACAUGGUGGGCCUGGCAGCGCUGCGGGGGCCCAUGCAGCUCUCGCUGGGGGGCGCAGCGGCGGGCGUGGGCGCUGUGCUGGCUGCUGGCCUGCUCUGGGCCUGUGCUGUCGGCCUCUACAUGGGCCAGCUGGAGCUGGAUGUGGAACUGGUGCCCGAGGACGAUGGGACGGCCACUGCCGAAGGCCCCGACGAAGCGGGCCGGCCACCGCCCGAGUGAGCAACGGCCACGGGGAAUGGCCGGGUGCUGGACGGCCUGGGUCCAAGGACCAGGACAUUAAAACCUGACCCUUCCCUCGC